CCACCUAAGCGGCGUCGUUUAGUCCGCCCUUUUUUCUCUUUCUCCGGCUCUCCUCUCCUGACUUGUUGCCGAAGAAACUUCAGUAGAAAACCCAAAAACUUGCACCUCUGCAGUCUCGGCUAUAGAUUGCUCCAAGUCUAGGAUUUCGUCUCGCGAAUCCAAGAUUUCCUAAAAUGACUCAAGAUGUGGAGAUGAAAGAGCAAGCAGCUCCUUCCAAUUCCCUUCCUUCCUUUUCUCCUUCCACUUUGCACCAUUUGAAGGAAAUUGCGUCUCUGAUAGAGACCGGUGCAUAUGACCGUGAAGUUCGCCGUAUUUUGCGGGCUAUUAGACUUACUAUGGCUUUAAGGCGGAAGUUGAAGUCAUCUGCGCUUUCUGCAUUCCUCAAUUUCACUCUUAUCCCUGGAUCCGAGGCCCUUACUCGGCUUUCUUCUUAUCUUCCUAAGGAAGAUGAGCAUGCAAUGGAAGUUGACACUGCAACUUCUGCGCCUCAAGCACCUGCUAAACAUUCCCUGCCAGAGAUAGAAAUCUACUGCUACUUGCUUGUCCUGAUGUUUCUGAUUGAUCAAAAGAAAUACAAUGAGGCUAAAGCAUGUUCCUCUGCAAGCAUUGCCCGGCUGAAGAAUAUCAAUAGGAGGACUGUCGAUGUUCUAGCUGCUAGGCUGUACUUCUAUUACUCUCUUUGCUAUGAGCUCACGGGUGAUCUUGCUGAAAUUAGGGGUAACCUUCUAUCCCUGCAUCGGAUUGCAACAUUGCGCCAUGACGAGCUGGGUCAGGAGACACUUCUCAACCUGCUACUUCGCAAUUACCUCCAUUACAAUUUGUAUGAUCAAGCUGAGAAACUGAGAUCAAAGGCACCUAGAUUUGAAGCUCACUCAAAUCAGCAGUUUUGCCGGUACCUCUUUUACUUGGGGAAGAUUAGGACAAUCCAAUUGGAGUACACUGAUGCCAAAGAGUGUCUUCUCCAAGCUGCUCGGAAAGCCCCUAUUGCAGCUCUUGGUUUUCGGGUUCAAUGCAACAAAUGGGCAAUCAUUGUCCGAUUACUGCUAGGAGAAAUCCCUGAGAGGACUGUUUUUAUGCAGAAAGGGAUGGAGAAAGCAUUGAGGCCAUAUUUUGAACUGACAAAUGCUGUACGCAUUGGUGAUCUGGAGCUCUUCAGAUCUGUUGCUGAGAAGUUCUCAAGUACUUUCAGUUCAGACCGGACCCAUAAUUUGAUUGUAAGGCUGCGGCAUAAUGUCAUUCGGACUGGGCUACGCAACAUAAGUAUCUCAUAUUCUCGCAUCUCACUGGUUGAUGUUGCCAAGAAGCUUAGAUUGGAUUCUGUUGCUGAUGCUGAGAGCAUAGUAGCCAAGGCAAUCAGAGAUGGAGCUAUUGAUGCGACAUUGGAUCAUGCAAGUAGAUGUAUGCUGUCAAAGGAGACUGGAGACAUCUACUCUAUGACUGAGCCUCAAACGGUAUUCAAUUCUAGGAUUGCUUUCUGCCUCAAUAUGCAUAACGAGGCAGUGCGUGCACUUCGGUUCCCACCAAACUCCCACAAGGAGAAAGAAAGUGCUGAGAAGCGGAGAGAAAGACGACAACAGGAGCAAGAGCUUGCAAAGCAUAUUGCUGAGGAAGAUGACGAUGAGUUUUAACUCAGUGACAUACUAAAGUAAAUUUAUCCACCACACGAUGGUUUCAUCAAGUUGUGCAUUUAUUUUCCUUUCAAGUGCCCUAGUGAAAAAUCGGAUCUCUCUAUUUUUCCCUCGGUAUUAUGAAUUUAGAUAAUUUUCAAAUUUGGAGAUUAGGUUUACAAUUCACAGCAAAUUUGGAGCAGAUUCGAACAAAUGAUUUGGAAACUAGAAGUAGAUACUUGAUGGACUUCAUCUUUGCUUUGUCAAAUGAAGCAUUGGUAUAUAAUUGUUUUCAA